UGAGGAGAGGUUUUUGUGGCGGGGUCUGCGGUGGCCUCUCGCAGGAUGGAGGAGGAGGACGUUUGUUAUGAAAACAACUCUCAUGGUCUCGUUCGCCUUCCCUAAAGCAGCUACCGGAAGAAGCCUUCUGUUGCUGGUGUUCUUAAUAGAGAAAUCUGAUUGACAGUGAAAUUCAAGUACGCUUACGUAACGCAGGUCGUCUGUUUGAUAGUUUAGGCGCCAUUUGUUACCUAGAUCAGUCGGAAAAAUAAUACAGUUUUGGAGCACCUACGACUACAUACAUUGUACACUGAUGUAUAGAAUUGCACACGGCCAUGUCUUGGGGUUUUACUCCUCUUUGCCGGUUGGGAAGUGAUAGGUACCGUCUAACUGGGGGUACAACUGAACAGCCACCAUCUUCAACCACCCAGUGUGGAAUUAUUGCACAACAGUUACCUCAAGAUACAUCUGUUGUGUUGGCAACACCUCAAGACAGUGCUUCAUCACAACCAAGACAAACAUCCCCUGCAAGGCCUCACGUGUCAACAGCAAGCCUGAGUGGCUCAGAGACGUCUUCCGAUCAGUCUGUAACAUCCAAUCAUGAAGAUCGUAUUGUGAGACGCAGUCCGAGACUUGCCCAGACCUCUAGGGUUAGUUACAGAGACAGUGGCGACUCGCAGGGUGCUAGACGACGAAAUCACUGGGGCACUCGAGUCCAAGAAAUGUGGAACAAUGAAAGAAACCAAAGUAAUGCCAAUCAGCAGUCAAAUCCAAACUACUCCGUUUAUAAUUAUGAUGGACAAGUUACACCCUGUGUUAAUGCCACUUCCUCAAUAUCGGUAAUCUACAACAACAAAAAUGUGUUCAGUAAUGUGUCACUUCUCAGGUAUCCUCCCACUAUACCUUUUACUAGGCCACCAGGUUACUCCUUAAACUCUGUCAAAACAGUUCCAAAAAAUGUUACCAUUAAGAGCCUUGACUUUUAUGAAGUAGUCACAACGUUAAUUCAAAAGGAGAUCGUUCCUGAAGGAAUGAGGCCAUUGCAGGAGACGUAUAGUUUUGUGUUAAAAACUGAUGAUGCAAAGAACUUGCUUGAUAAGAAGAGGAAACCGCCGUACCUGAUUCAGCUGAGGUUCUGUAAACUUGAUGACAGUUGUGAGCAGAAUGAUUAUUACCCAACCACUCAUCAAGUUGCAAUCAAUCAUCGUUUCAUUAUUUUGCCUGGUUUAGAUACAUUGCCUCGCGGUGCCAUGCGACCCAUGGACAUCACACAUUUUUGCCAGCUAAGUUCUCAGGCUUGUAACUUUAUAACGAUAAGGUGUUUAGAAAGCUGCAAAGUGUAUAUGAAUGUAGUACAGAAAUAUACAAGUGACGAUUUAUUGGGUCGCCUUGAAGAAAAACCACAUAUAAAGGAAGAAGAUACUGUUUCUGAAAUUAAGAAGAAAUUGCAAGAUGACCAAGCAGAUGAUGGCAUUGCAGCAGCAACUCUCCAGUUUUCAUUGCUCUGUCCCUUGAGCCGACUGCGCAUCAAACUACCUUGCCGAGCAUCCACUUGUACUCACCUGCAGUGCUUUGAUGCAGCAACUUACCUCAAGUUAAAUGAAUGUAAACCAAAGUGGUCGUGUCCAGUUUGCUAUCAGCCUGCACUCUACAAGAAUUUAGUGAUUGAUGGGUACUUCAAAAAAGUAAUAGAUGAUAAUAUAGAUGCUGACAAAAUUGAGUUAAAACCUGACGGCACUUGGACCCUUGUAGAUGCUGCAAGGAAAAAGUUAGCAAAUGGAGUUGAGAAAGUAACAGAAAACUCAAGUAAAGAUAAAUCUGUAGAAGAUCCUGGAGACAAAACAGUCUAUUUGGAUAGUGAUGAUGAUACACCUACUGAAGAAACAUCAAGACAAGAAAACAGGGCCAACUCAAAUGCCCAGGUUGUGGUACCAUGUCACCAAAAUUCACCAGAAGUUGUUACACUUAGUGAUGAUGAUUCUAAUGGUGGAGACAGUCCUGAAGUAACUGGUUCAACUUAUCCGACUUUUGAAAACCCCUCAGGAGCAGUGAUUGCUGCAAGUGCUCCAAAUACUGGACUUAAUAUACAAGAUGAUCUUAGUUACUUUGAUAACUUGUUACAAGGUAUAAUAGAAAAAGCUAAUCAACAAAAAUUUGCCGAAACAUAUAACAACUUUCAUCCAAUAGACCAUUCCAGUCAUUUAUACAUCCCCUUAACAAGAACUCCAAUUCCUUCAUUACCUAGUAGUAUAACAGUUACCUGUAGGAGUAAUAAUGAUCUUAGGUCCAACUCUAGUAAUCGUUCACGCAGAAGCAAUUCCAGUAAAGGAACACAACAUAAAUCACGUAGUGUCUCAAAGGCCAGUAACUCAAAAAGAAAGAAAAUUUCUAAGGAUUCUCAAAAGAAUUCAAAGAAAAAUUCAAGUGAUGUAGUUAAACGUAAGAGGAGAAGAAUCGUUAGUGUAUCUUCAGAUAGUAGCGACUCAAAUUGUGAAUCCAGGAAAAAAUCGAAGUCCAAGCCUGCUCGCAAAGAGCCAGUAAAACAAAAGUCCAAGUGUAAAAAACCAACCAGUGACACCUCAGAAGGUGAUAAGUCCAGUUCUUCUUCCACAUCAUCAAAGUCUUCUAACAGCAGUAUAAAUUUGAUCACCUCAAGUGAUGGAUCUGGCUCUGACUCUGCAGCCAGUAGUAACAGCAGUAGUUCAUCAUCUGAUGAAUCGGAGAACUCCGACGACUCCUUCACAGUAAAAGAUGUACAGGAUCAAGUAGAAGAGUCCUCCAGAGUGCUGAGGAGUGCAUUACGAAGGCAGACAAGAAAGAAGUAACGUGACAUGAGGAAUUUAUUUUUGUACUUGCUCAUCCACUUCAUAAAUGUAUGUCAGUUUUCUUAUUUGCAGUAAAGUUUUGUUUCUUGUGAAUGUUUUAAUGGGAGUGAAUGUCUGAGAAUGUAAUCUAAUAUAGGAUAUACGUACAUGGCAUUUCGGUAGAGGAAGUGAAUGAAUUGGCAAAUCUCAAGAAGGCUUUAUAGUCACAAUAUAUGUAUAUGCCAAGACACUUAUUUCGUAGCUGUAGCUGGAGUACAGUAUUCAAGAUCACAAUGUGCCUACAUGUACUAAGGAAAAAAAUAAGAGAUUUACUGUGAAAGAAGUUGCCAAUAAAGGAUGCAAAUGUUUGUAGGGUUAAUUAGUCAACUCAACCUUUGUGAAGAAUUAAGCAGUGUUUCCUUCAGAAAUGUUAUUAUUGGUAAAUGAAUUGUGUCCGAUAUAUGAUUUUAUGGUGUAGAACUUUAUGGAGAAAAGUCUUUACCAAAAAAUUUGACAAUUUUCAGUUCUUAAACUUUCUUUCUUCCUUGUGUGUAUGUUUAGAUAUUUUUAUUCUUACAGCCACAGUGAGAGAACUAUACUAGAAAGGACAUCGGAGCAACAACAUCAUUUGAAGUUGAUAUAGCUUGAUUUUAAAUUCUUGAAGUUAUUAUAGUCGUGAAUUUAGGAAGGUAAAGUGAUUAUCAUGUUGAUGUAGUCAUGAAUGAAGAGUAAAAUUUUCAAGGUGUUGAGUCAGGGUACUCAUGACUGUUUAGUGAGCCUUUUGAGGCUUAGUUUCAACAGAUCUCUUAACAUAGCAAGUCAUUUUUCUGUACCUGUUGGAAGUCAUUUUCAUAUAGAUGACGUAUCACUAACAGAAUGUGUUUAAUGAUGAAAUUUCAAUGGAAAGUUAAGUUUAAAAAGAUUGACAUCAUUGCCCAGAGAGAACUAGGAAGUUGUACUCAAAAUGGUAUAACUAGCUUUUCAUUCAUUAUUUUAAUUUUUUUUUUCUUGUUUUUCAAUCAAGGUAUAAUUUUUUAGUUUUAUAUAAUAUGAAAGAUUUACUCCAGGGCAUUGAAAAUUAAAUUUUAUUGUUAAAUAUGGUAAUUUCAUAAAGUCCCGUACACUUACAUACGUUGGUUUUUUGUUACUGUGUAGCUGAGAUCAAGAUUACAACUGACUUUCCCAAAGAUGCAGUACAUUCCAGACAUUUCUUCAUUAUUUGUUACUUGUAUGUCAUAGAGUGGAAGGCAUUACACAUUAUUUAUAUUUAUGAAGGUUGACUAAUAACUUGAGAUGGAGAGAAUGAAUAUGAGAAUUUCCUAAAUUUUAUAACAAGCUGUAGUUGACAGGAUAAAAUCUAUGUGAUCACACAUUAAUUAUACAUGCAUGCUCUUUUAUGCUCCAAGGAAAUUACUGCUACAUGUGAAAAUGAUUACAGCCUCCUAGAUUAUCAUUACAGGGUUGUAUUAACUAAACACUGUGAAUCAAGUGUUACUUAAGAUUCAGUGGCUUAUGUUCAGUUGUUUUAAUCAUUCCUUUGUCACAAUCAGAUAUCUGUUGAUGUUUCUAUGUUUAAGAUAUAUUCUAAAUAUGAGUGAUGAAGGAUUUACUGUAAUUUACAUUAGCUGCACAAUCCUAUGUAUGCACCCAUGCAAUAUACUGACCCUAUAUUUUGCUUAUGCUUAUUGCCCAGAAAGGCAGUUUGGUAAAGUUCUUCAGUAGAUGAAAGAAAGAAGUUAUUCCCAUGGAUGGGUAUUCACUGCUGCUAGAGAAAUCCCCUUCAACCAGUGUGUUAUCACAACUAGACUGGGGAACAAGUGCAUAAUCUGAAAUAGUUUUCAUUUUGGGCUGAAUGACUUCAUAGGUCCCAGUACUUGACCUUUGGCCUAAAUUUUAUAUUCCAUUCAAUUUUUCACUGUAUAGGUAGGUAAAAGUAAAUGAUUUUCAGUGUUUUAGAAUGUGCUGUGACAACAAAGGUUAAUUGACAUUACAUACUGUUUACCAGUGAAAAAUCACAUGUCACAAGGCUGAUGAUGAUGAUGAUGACGUCAUGUUUCAUGUGUGUAAAAUGUUGGUGCCAAAACAACAAGAGCUGUUUCUUAUCUACACCAUGAAAAAAAUAAACUAGUACUAGAUUUUCUGCUAAAAUUUGGUUUUAAUAUUCAACUGAUGAUUCAUGCAUACUCAGAAGUAAAAACUAAAUGCGAUGGUAGUGGGAUUAAGUUACAAAUUGCUGGACACCAAAUAGCUUAAGGCCAUCGAACAAUGUGCUUCCAAAUUAGAGGAGCAGUGGUGUUUAGGUGUUAGUCUGCUAUAUACGUAUACACAUUUCUCAUGCUACCUCUAAUUAUGUAUAAUCUUUAUCCUAAUUAUAGGGGAUACAUCAUACACAAGAUACAAUAUUUUUGUCUACUGUUGGUCCCAGUUAGGCUGUUAUAUGGACAAUAUAUAUUUCCAUAGUUCAAAUAUGUACAGUUGUAUAAAAGCUGAUCAUUUUCAUAAAACUUUUGCUAUACCUACUGUAUUGCAUGUACAGUAUUACCAUCAUCUUAUUAUCAUAUUGUGAAAUAUGAACAUUGCCAUGAAGUGUCAUAUGCAUUCUGAUAACAUUCGCAAACAUCAGCUGAUUGAGUUUUACUGACAUCAUUGCCAAAUGAUAGCAAAGUUUUACAUAUACUCUUGCUGCCAUUUCUAGCUUUUUUUUAAGUGAACAGAACUGGAUUUAAAAUGCUGGUUAUCUUUUAAUUUAUAAAUGCAGUAAAUAUGUGAUUUUGCCUGUUGUGGAAGUUGCUUUUGCCCGUUCAACACCAUUUUGCAGCCUGCACAUUCAAUUUUCAGCCACAGGUACAACCUGCAGAUUAAGUUUCUUUGCAUAUUUUCUUAAGCUCUUCUCAUUUACUAACAUUGGCAAACGGCUGUUUCUCGAUCUGGUUUUUUAUUUGAGUACUUCCUGUAGUUAUGUCAGUCUUGUAAGAAUAGUUCAGUGAUUGUUAAUUAUAAAAAAUAGCAAUGAAUUAUUAGACAAGUUAACUGAUGUAAUGAAUUUUCAGUGGAAUCUGCCAAAACUGACACCGGCAUAGUAAGCGUAGCUUAGUAUAUUCUACCAAAUGAAACAUGCACAUUAGCAUAACCUAGUGUGAUUGAAAAUAUAGACAAUCCACAUGCUACACAAAUUAUGUGGUGAAGUCAUGAUCUCAGGACAAAAUUUUGAGUUGCAUGAUACACUAGAUUCGAAGAUUCCCAUAAACUUAUGGUAGCACUGGAAACCAUAACCCUAACCAUGAGGAUAUUAGAUGCAGGGUGAUUUUUAAAGGAAUUUUUUUAGAAAAUGUGUCUUGGUACUUGGUAGUAAGAGAUAACAUUAUGGAUUUUUGCAACUCUGGUGUAGGUAUGAAACAGUUCUGACAGAUAGAGAGACUGCAUUCAAUAAGACAUGAGAGACGAAAUAUGCAAGAGAGAAAUACCAUGAAAAUACUUUAACCCUCUCGUGAUCUGAUGAUGCGUAGCACGUCAAUAAAUCAUUUUCUGUAAGCACACAUGACACGUCGGAUGCAUCAUAUGUAAGUUAUUUUCGGGAAAAAUUCAUGAACAAAAACCGUGUCAAUCAUAGAAAACAUACGUGACGCCACUGGGUCGAUAGAUGAUGAAUCUCGAAGAAAACACAAACCUGCCGCCGCUAGCUUACUUAGCUACGAUACAAAAUGUCAACAUUAGGUUGGAAAAUCUUAAAAUUGCACUCCGUAAAAAAUUUGCAUUUUUUAAUCAAUUACGCUCAUUAGCAAACACAUUUAUAGCAAAAUUAUUGCUUCCGUGUGAAAGAUCAAACAUUUCUACAUAAUUUAAGUAUAAAAAAAACUCCCCAAACCUAAUUAUUAUAUUUCUCAUCAUUUUUAUUGCUCAGCUUAGUAAAGAUGUUCCAAUUGCUUUAGGAAAUAGUUCAAUCAUUUGCCAAAAUAAUAACACUAACCAGAAGCGUAUAUCAGUUAUAGUUCGGACGUACCGAAUUUUACCAAAAAAUUUGUCCUUGGGCAUGUUCUUUUCUGCCCGGGGGAAAAGUUGUGUACCUUACACCCUUUUAUUUUCGGCCUGUGCGCAGGACGGUUAAAACCAGUGACCCCCAGUUAGGGAUUGAGCUGGGAAGAUGAUGUAGUUUUGCAUUACCAGGUUUUUUAUCAUUAGUGAUGAUCAUAUGGUAUUCAUUAUUAAUUACCAUGUAUCCUCCACUUGUAAUUUUAAGCAAAUUUUACUGUUAUCAUAUGCCAUGAAUGAUGAUGUGAAUAUUUGCUUUAAGAUAUUCUUUUUAUACAGGGUUUCUAGGCACUGUAGUGCUAUUGUUGCUAUCUUUUCAUCUAGAAGGGCGAAGAUUCUGCGUUCUAAGAAGUAUCGCUGUGACUUGGUGAAUUUUCUGCUCUUAAUACUUCUCACACAUCACUUACAAAAGUACUAAUGGAUAUUACAUGUUUUAUCUAGAUUUUAUGGUUCAGGGAAUUCAUAGCUUCAUUGAUACAAGAGUUACUUGUUUUUGUUUACUAUAGCAUUAUUUGUGGCUCUGUACAUGCAUGCUUUAUCCACAUUCCUUAUGAACCAAGUUAGACUAUCUGUUAGUAGUGGCAGGUGAGUGAUUGAGGAUAGAAUAGUAGGAUGACCAUGUGUAUGGUUCUGGAGAUGUUCGAGUUAAUUUCCUUUUACAGCUAGCACGUUACACAUUCCAUGUUUCAUUAAAGGAUGGUACCAGAGUGACUAGUACAUAUAGGUAACAAGGUCAGUGAGGCAAAUUUACUUUAUCAUAAGUAAAAACCAGUCACCGUGACCAAGAGAAUCUUGCAGAGGGUUCAUGUGUAACUGUGGGUGGAGACAUAAAUUAUAAUAGCCUGGAACAUAAGAGUACAUGAGACACUAAUUUCAGACACAGUUGGGACACUGCAUGUGAGCACAGCUAAGGUGAAGACACGAGUUUCGAUCAUUGGAACCACAGAGAGGAGACAAGUAAUCAACUCAGCCAAAACAUUCGUGUUUCAGAUGAAGACAGCAUUCCUAGAUGAAUAAAAAGUCUACCUUUGUACCAGAACCAAGACUACAGUCAUGAGAGUGCAUUGUGUGGAAAAACUACUGGACCCAUAGAAGAGACCUGUCCAGGAACAAGACUGGACUUAUAGAAGACACACCAAAUACAUCAAGUGAAGCAUAUCCUGCACCAAGCCAUAGGUUGUAACUUGAGAAGAUUCGAGAGGCUAGGAUGCCUCUAUGUCUGAGACAGGCUAAAAAAAAGAGGUUUAAGAACUGGUUCGUUUGUACGGAGCAAACAGCCACAAGAACUCAGAACCUGUUGAACUCACAUUCACUCCUAGUCUGUGAAGAAAGUCUACGAGCAUGUUUUACUCUAUACCCAAUACUCAAUAAGUGACAGCACUUCCUGUUGAACUUUAAUAUAAUAGAAUGAGAAUGGUAGGCUGGAUUAAUGACAGAAUUAGGCUUAAAUGAUGAGUCAGUCAGUAGUUCCACUGCUGCACAAUUACAGUACUUAAGCAACAACUGGCACUGUUUAAUACCCUGUAGUGCAAUCAUUUUCUUUUAUGCCAUCUAUACUCAUGAUAAAAGCAACCAACAUCACUAGGCUUGUUUUGCAACUUUAAUCUUUGUCAGAGGCAGAAUUCCAAUAGCUUCAGCCUUAGUUACUCCAAAGUUGUAUCUCCCCAUCAAAAUUUAAAAAAUAAUUAAGAAAUCUCUUCUUACUACAUAUAUACCUCUGACUGGCACUUUAAUCACUGUAUCCAAUGUCCUUUUCCAGAAAUGUUGCCUUUUAUACUUCCAGGCUCUGUUUGUGGCAUACAUUGAAAGCAUACUUAUUUCCUUCUUCCCUUAGAUAAUUUUUAUCUUCCUUAUCCUUUAAUAUAGUUGCCUCACUUAUGUCACAUCUAAUGCCAUUUCGUGGAUUAGGAUGACCAUUUUUUUUUAUCUCGCUGUCAUUCCACUAAUGAUUGCGCUUUUACUUCUCCUUGUGUUUAUAUUCAUUCUUGCCACCUAACUCAUCUACCAUUGCUUCAACAUUUAGUGUACUUCAGUUGGGCAAGAAUUAUUACAGUAAUCUUUUAACUUACCAUGCAUCUUUACAUACCAGCUACAUCAUUGUGAUGGUUUAUUGUUUGGCUGUCAUAUUAGAAGUGAUGCAUUUUGAAAGUCUCCCUGUUGAUUCCAGAUUAAUCCUUAUUUUGAGUUACUGUUUUCACUUAUGUAUUUUUAGAAGUUUCUAUAUUUCGGCUCAUUAAUAGUGUCCCCACUGAGUAACAUUCCUAGGGUUGGCCAGAAAGAUUUGUUCUUAAAUUUGGUGAAAAAUGGAGCAAGACAAAGUUAAGGGAGUUGAACUGCUUUGUUGGGAGAGUAAAGGAAACUAUAAUGAAAAGAUAAAGUCUUGAAGGAAUGCAGCUGGACCCAGGGCUGAUGUAUAACCCUUAUGGGUUGACUAUAGUCUGUUUUAUACUACAGGCAAAAAAGUGUACCUGUAGUCUGCACCACAGGCGGCCCUAAGUGUGACUGUAGUGCAGCAUGCUAUAGGCACUCAAGGGCUGCCUAUGUGGUGCCUGUGCAAGGCACCACAUUGUAAUUGGGCAAUAAAGGAUGGCAUACUAAUACACUUCCUACAUAGGGUGUGUAGAUGGUUUAUAUGAAUUUUUCUGUGUUUGCAAUAAUUACUUCAUCUUGAUGCCUUAUUGGUAUGAUUCCUUAGUGUUGGUGAAAACUAUACUGUUAGAAUGGUGUAAGAAUUCUUCCAUCCAUUGAAGUAAUCAGCUUAACACCUUUCUUUAUGUUAAGCAUAAGUAAAAUGAAGGAUUUGUAUUUAUGGAACAUGUAAUUUGGUAUAAAUUUUGAGAUUAUUUUGUAAACUUCCCUAGUUUUGUCUUUUGAUAUUAUUGCAUGAAGACAGAAGAGAAAUGCAAAUUUCUGUGACCAUGAAAGAUUGUUAAAUUGCUUUUCAUAACUUCUCUGUAAAAAAAAAAAAAAAAAAUCCAGGGAAAUUUUUUCAAGUUCAUAUUAAUGAAAUUUUGUAUACUUUAUGUAUGAUUGUCAUACAAGAAAGUGUGGCACUUAUAGGAUGUAUGUUCUUAUGUGUUGUACAUAGUUUUUUGUGUGAUUGUUUUUUUUAUGAAUAGACAUAAAAUAUAAA